GUCAGUCGUUGUCGGCAAUUCGUGAUAUAAAGAGUUCUCCGCUUCUCUGUGUGUUGCGCUUUUUUAAGGUGGUUUUAAUAUUGAAACAAAGUAUAAAUAAAUAGAAAAGGAAAAUAUUGAAAAAAGUGAAUCUCUCGAAUGUGAGAAAAGUGUGGAAAGGAAAACAAAAUUUUCAAUUUUUAUUGGAAAUUUUCAAAUUAUUCAAUCCAUCGUAAAUUGUUAUUCGAAGAAGAAAAAUUAAUUCAUAAAGUUGAAUAAACAAAAGAAGAAGGAAGAAGAAAAAGUUCGUGUUAAACCGGUCAGUGUUUUUGAUUUCCCUGCAGUGGAAAUCCCCAUUAUCGUUUAGCGCUCGAUUUUUCGUUAUUUCUUGAACGUUAACACCAACAACACUGUGUGUUUUUUUUAAACAGAAUAUCGUUGAGCAACCGUUUUGCACUUUUUGUUUUACCAAUUUUCCGGACAAAUUGAUCGAUAUAUUUAUUUAUGUACGAUAUUUUGUUGGAUUGUCGGUGAAGUGUGUGUUGAAAAAUCGAAAAUAAAAAUAAUCCGAAAAAAAAAUAUUGAGGAAUUGUUAAGUGAAAAUUGUUUCUCCGAAUCGAACGAACUUAUUCGGCAAAACGAGGAAAAAGUUGAAUUAUGAUUUGUUACAAGAUAAACAUUCAGAUGAAUGAAUCGAAAUGUUUUGAUAGCGGUAAACUUGACAUUGUGACCAGUGUAAUCGAUUGUACAAAUCUGGAUGUAAAAUUAGUUGAUUUGGGUGAGAAUCCGUUGUAUUUAACGAGUGAAGUAGUUUUGUGAAAAUCGAUCCGUUCGAUUGAUUUUAGUGGUAGAAAGGUAGGCGUGUAAGAAAAAACAAUCUGGAAAUCAUAAACUGAAUUGCAAAAAUCAUAAUUAUCAAAGACAGUCAUUAAAGUUGAUCAAGAAUAAUAAAAAAAUAAUUUCAAAUUCUCCAAACCUCACAAACUCUAUCGCGUAGAAACGAAAUUAAAUUUGUCGAAAAAAAAUCAAUUUACAAAAGAAAAUGUCCACUGGAAAACGUCUAGCCAAACGAUCAAUUAUAGGUACUCGUGUCUGUGCACAAGGUGCUGAUCAUCUCUGGUAUUCCGGCAUCAUACAGGCCGUCAAAACUCCAGCCAGCCUGCGUGACAAUAACAAUUGCAUCAAUCUAACGCCGGACACCAAAUAUUCGGUCCGUUUCGAUUCGAAACAGGAUAUGACCGGAUUGGGCUACGGUGCCGGUCAGACGCGCCGGUUCGUCAAGGAAUACCGUGAAACCGAGCUGAUCGGUCCCGGUUUCCAGAGCAUCAUGAACGUUCAUUUGCGUCCGACGCAAAAAAUUUAUUUGACUUACAAUGGGCGCGAAAGUGCCGGUGAGGUGAUGUCUCACGAUUUGGAUAAAGACGAAGUUACCGUUAAAAUGCCAGCCAGUGGUCAUGAGCCAUCAUUUGAAUUGAAAAAGAAACUCGAAGAAGUUCGCUUAUUGGAAUCUCGUCGAUCGGCUCGAUUGGCUGAUCAAGAUCGGGACACCGAUUUUGCCAGAUUGGCAGACAUGGGAGGUGAUCGUCGCAGAGCAUCGCACAGCAUCGAUGUGCCGUUGGUCUUAACGCAGCAAGGGUCACGCAAACGUCGCCCAUCUUAUUCCAACGACACAGACAUGUACCAUCAUUCAAUACACCAUAACGACGAUCUAAUGGACGAAUGCAAUGCUGCCCUGGUUCUGAUGAGCCUAUCCUGUUCGCCGCUAUCACCGAGACAAUACGCUACCACUCGGCUAGCAUCCAGUCCCGGUGGCAGUAGCGCUUCGUCAUGGUGUUCCGGUUCGUCAUCGCCGCCGUUGAGCGAUGAAGGUGCACCGCAAAUGAACACAUCGACCAGCCCGAAUCGUGUGCGUACCACAUCGCUGUCGACGUCCGACGAAGGCAUCGGCAUGGAUUAUAAUGAGGACACACCACGGAAACGAAGGGCUAAUGGACGAAUGUUGAAAUGCACGUGGAAAGGGUGUCGAGUUGUACACACAACAGUCAAUCAGAUUGAGACCCAUGUUCGUAAUGCACAUCUUGGACCGAAGAAACCACGUCCCGACGAAAAUGAAGAUUCCUUCAUCGACAGCGAUCAUGAAGAGGAAUUCUACUACACAGAAGUUGAAGACGACGAUCAAGACGAAUCGUCGCCGAGUCCGCCGUCUCCACCAACACUUAGUCAUCGUGAUAUGGCACGUCCUCCACACGAAGAUCCAGAAUAUCAACGGCAACUUGUCGGUAGCUUCAGACAAGGCCUAUUGUCGCUUGCUACACAAAAGCCAGUUAAGCCACCAUUGCCAAUGUCCAUUGGUGGACCGGUGAUACCAACGUCACCGAUAGCACAUCACAACUACACAUGGGCGCACCAAAAUCCCAUGUCUCCACAAAAGCAUGUACGACUAUCCCCACGCCCAUCAACAUCGUACGCUCCGUACCCAUCGCCAACCUAUACGAAUGCAAUAGCUGCCGCUCAGCAUAACGUUCACAUUGCACUCGGCACUACACCAAAUAAUUUACACAACGGCCAUCAAAUGAAUGGCGUCGGCGGUGGCCCAUUGAACCUUUCACACAGUGCACCAAAUCACCAUCAUCAUCAUCAUCUGCAGCAACUGCAACAGAACCGUUCGCCCGUCUCACCGAAUCGACGGACUCGCGGCGAAAAUAAGAAAUGUCGCAAAGUAUACGGUAUGGACAAUAAGGAGGCAUGGUGCACCCAAUGCAAAUGGAAAAAGGCGUGCAGCCGUUUUGGUGACUGAAAAAAGCGUACCGGCCGAUCGUUGGCUGUUCAUGGGCAAUGUUAAAAAUUUGAAAAAACAAAAAAUUUAUGAAGAGAAAUCCGAAUGGGAUUUACAAGAGAAAAAUUUGAAGAAAAAAUGGCAAACAAAUGUGGUUGCUUUUGGUUAUCAAUUUCAAAAUGGAAAAAUGUUCUUUUUGAACAUAAAAUCAAUGAUGAAGUAAAAAGCAGACGACCAUUGAUCGAAAAUAAUUUUUAAAAAAUUUGGCGGGAAUUAUUUGUUUCUUUUCAAAUUUCGACUAAGGCUAAGGCAUAUUUAUAACAUUAUAUUCAAGUAAGUGAUAUUUUUAGAUUUUAUUCCUAAGUAUAAAAGCAAAACAUUUUAAGAUAUUUUAAAGACGAAGACGAAGAAGAAAAAAUCUUUAAAAAAACAAAUCGAGACAAAAAUUUAAUAAUUUUUUCUUUGAAUAAAAAGAAAUAAAAUAAAUUUCAAAAUGCGUAAAGAGAGAUAGGAAUGUUGAAGUAUUGAAAGUGAAAAUUUUUUCCCUAGACUAUAAGACAAAGAAGCGAGCGCUGUUUAAAUGAAUAACAAAAAAAAUGGUUUUCGGGAAGGUUUCAGUUUUGGAUUGUAUAUUAUCGCUCAGCCAUUAUUACAUUGUUUUUUUUUUACUAUAUGUAUUCUAAUACUAUCCCACCGACAGAAUAGUCCUUGAUCGAAAUAUAUAGAUUUGAAAAGAAGAAAAUUUUUACCCGUUUUCCCCCACUCCAACAUCAAAUUUCACAAUCGAAUCAUUUAGACGAACAAAAGAAAAACAAAUUUGAAUGUCAUAAAGGAACACAGAUGUAAAGAUCUGACUGACUGAUCUAUGAUCUGUUCCCGUACCUAUCGGCCUAAAACAAAAAGUGUUGUCGGACGUUUAAGUGUUGCUCAUUCAAAAAGAAAAAUAUGUCCUUUGGUUUGCUGAACUGCUGAACACAAUGAAAUUAAGGAGAAGAUAUAUUUUCGCUCACUGCCCCCAUGGUAGGUUUCCAGCGCCAGUCUGUCACUUUAACUCUGUGAUAUAAAAAAAAAGACUUUCCACUUUAUGAACAGAGUCGUAAGAAUCUGUGAAAAUUCAUAAAUGGCACCACUGACUGGGCGACUUUCGGCUACCUUUCAGAUGUUUCUUUCUUUAUUGAACUGUGAAAACUAAGGUUUAUUCAACGGUGGGCACUAAGUGCAGGCUUACCAUAUUGCAGAAGCUAUUCUAUUGAAUUUUCACACAUUUUCCUAGAUUUACGGAUACUUUCCUUAAUUUCCCAACAAAUAUUUUUGGAAAGAUUUGGAAAUUUUGCAAAAAAAAUCUGGAAAAUGUAAGAAAAUUCGGAAAAAAGUGGAACAGCUUUUUCCCAAAAAUAGUUACUGCUAUGUCGUUAGAUCGAACUGAUUUGCGUUCCACACUGAUCUGUUGUGUAGUGACUGAAUUUUCGCUGGAGAAAUAUGACUUUGAAGGCGCUGAUGACAGAAGAGUCCAUUUUUUGAAACUUAAAUUCUUAGGAAUAGGAAUUUAGGGACUAGGGGAAUAGGCAAAAUUAGUCCUAGAAUUAGGAACUGAACUUCGACAAAAUAGCAUACACUCAGGAGCUAAUGUUAUCUUGCCAUAUAUAUUAACCAAUUUUUUUUUUUGGUUUUGGAGUAGUUUGUAAUGAGCAAAAUGAUCUCUAAUCUUCCACUUGUAUUUAAAACAAAACAAACAAAAAAUCUAUGCGGUGGGCAAUUUUGAGUUAUCUAUGAGAGCAAUAAAUUUGAAAUAAAAAAAAAUUAAAAAAAUCAAAACUGAAACCUUAGAGUUGUUUCAACACAAAAAUAAAUAUUUUAAAAAAAUGCUACGGUUGAUAUUGAUAUAUUUAAACAAAAAAAAAAAAUGAUAAAACAAAUUCCAUCAUUCCAAAGUUAAAUUUAAUGAUUUGUAUGCUUGUAUGACAAGAUUUAAAUGUAGAGUUGAAGAAGAAGAAGAAAUAAAAAACCAAAAAGCGAAACUUCUUUUUUAGAAAGAGAGAAAGAGAGAAAAAAAAUUGUUUUUCCGUGUGCUCCAUGCCAUAUCAAUAUCAACAAAAUAAACUGUGAUUGUAAAUCGAUGCGAGAGAGUGAUGAUGAUGAUGAUGAUGAUUAUAUAAAGAGAUGGAAAGUAUUGUGUGAUUUAUAUUGUUUUUUGCUAAAUUAUUUUUGUUUUUAAAUUUUGUUGUUGUUGAUACAAUUUUUUUUUGUAAUUUAUAUUUUCGUUUAAUUAUGUUAAACAAAAACAAAAAAUAUUAUCUUUGUUACGGAUUGGAUGUUUGAGUAUUCCUUUUUUACUCUACCAAAAUUUGCUCAUUUCUAAUUUAUCACUCCACUUCUCUGUUUGUGUUUCCUCAAGUCUAUCAAAUUUAUAUCAAAAUUUCCUUCAGCUGUUUUUCCAGCUGAUCAACUCAUACUAUCAGUCUACUCAUAUACGGUUUAUACGGUUUUACCACACCAGUGCGCAAAGAAUAAACGUCACACCGAGCCGCUUAUCGUUUCACUGAGAAAAACAGCAGAAGUAAACUGAGACACAAAUUAGAUUGACUUUAACUCUAACUAAAUUUGCGUCAAUUUUUCAAAUCAAAAAUAUUUUCUUCAAUAGCAAAUAGAGCAAAUAUAUUAUUUUGGUGUGAUUGACAUCCUCUCUAAUACAACAGAAAAGAUUGAACUCUUUUUUGCUAAACCAUGGUACAAAUCGAAUACGAGAAAAUAUUUAAAAAAAAAAGAAGAAAAUUCUAAGCGAACAAUAUUAUAUAAUGUAUAUGAGUGUAGAUAGAGCGAGAGGGAGAACGUAAUAUGUGUGUGUAUACACAGCGAUCAUUUUUAAAUGAUCGUGUAUCAUCAUGGGAUAUAUAAUAAUAAUGAUAGAUUGUGUGCAAAAGUAAAAAGUUAAUAAUAAAGAUUCAUUAAGUUUCAAAUUAAAUUAUUCAUAUUUUAUGGUUUUCGAGCGGUUUCUUUUUCUUUCUUUUUGUACAUAAAUCUCUCUUUGUAAUUAAGCGACAAAAAUGUAUGUAUAGCGUUACCGUUAAACUAACAAAAUUUAAAAAACAAAAAAAAUAAAAUGAAAAAAAAAAUUAAAUUUUAAAAUUUAAAACAAAAAAUCUAAAAACUAGUUGCCUCGGAGCAGCUAGAUAUAUAAAGUGAUUCGUGCGAUCGUGAAAAAUCGGUUUUCUUCUGCGUUCUAAAAUGAAGCAAAGGUAGGAAUUCCAUUUCUUUCUUCACAAAAAAAAACUUUCAGAAUGAUUUUAGCAUUAUUGAGAAUUUUCAGGAAUUUUUAGCAUUUUACGGAAUCCUUAAGAAUUUGAGGAAUGAAUUGUAUUUCUAAAAAUUUUUUUAAACUUUCAAAAUUAAUUCUCAAAUAACCAAAAAUCAUUAAAUUUAAAAAUUUAGACAAUUUUUGGGAGUCCCCAGUUUUCUUAGUAUUUUCUGAUUAGGUUCUCUUCAGUAAGACAAAGUUAUGAAAUUAGCUUCCACAUUUCUGUCAAUUUCUUUUUUCAAUUCUUGUGACAGUAAGAAAAUUCCUUGUUAACUCGAUUAACAAAUCUUCAAUCAUUUUUACAAAUGAAACGGAGACAUCCAUAGAGACCCCCGAGUUUCGAUUAGAGUAGAGAGUAAGAACCAAUCUUUACGAUCGUACGAAUCUUCAAAUUAAAAUAAUUUCGCUAAAAGAACGAAUAAAUCACGGAUUUGAGAAAAAUGAACAAUAUAGUUGGUGCAGAAAGACGACGUAAAAUGAAAUGAAAAAAUUUACAUUUAAAACGAUUGAGAGAAGACAUAGUUUCACAGGAAAAUUGUCCAUGGCAAAUAAGGAUAUUAAGUAUUUGAGAAUGAAAUGACCAGAAGAAGACGAAACAAUUGAAAAGAUUGGUAUGUGAUCAAAAGAAAAGAAGGAAACUUUUACCAUCAAGUCAGGAAUCAGAGUCCGAAAUCCUAUCUCUUUUACAUAUAAUUGAAAAUUUACAUUUUAAACAAAAAAAAAAAAACCAAAAGGAAAUAAUAAAAAAACAAAAUAAAUAAAGUAAAUAAAUCAACAAGGCUGAUUUAGUUGUUAUGAAGAAAUAAAAAAAAAAUAUUAAAAAAAAAGAAAAUCAUAUCAUUAUCGACGAAUAUAAAUAAAAAAUUCGAUUGAAAAUUUGUUUAAAAAAAAAUCUGGUUCGGACAUGCCAGCAAAAAAAAAAAACAAAAACAAAAUAAAACCACUGCCAAGACUUAAAAACAAAAUAAAGAUGAAGAUGGAGGAGCAUGAGAAUAUACUAAAAUGAGGAAACGGAUCGUCGAACGUAAAAUUUUAUUUUUCAAAACUUUUCGUUUCAUCAAACUGAGAUCAUCGAUUCGAUCAAAGCAUGAAUAUCAAAAUGAAAAGCUGUUUCGAUUGUUUCCUUGUUUAAAUUUCGCUAAAAAAUCAAUGGUGCGUACUUUAAUCGGCAAUUUUUAAAUUUGUUAAAAAGAAAUUAAAUUUAAAUAUUUCGUAAAAUUAUAUUUAAAAAGGAAAAUGGAGUGAUACACCAUAUUUACACACCUAAACAAACAAAAAAUUAGAAAUGUAAUUUUAUUGACGAAUUGAAACAAGAAUCCCAACCAAGUGAAUAUAAUAUACUCUUCGGCAAAUAGAAAACGUGAAACAUUACGAUUUUAAUGAAACAAUUGAAAGAUACGAAAAAAAAACACUCGAAAGAGUAAGAAAGCAUAACAAAGAAAAACAUUCGAACAUAAAACUUAAAAUUGACUGAUCGUCAUGCGGCACCAUAUUUAUUUUUUGAAAACACUGAUAUCUACAACCUCUUCACGAAAGUAGAGCCUCCUUUUUGCCAUGAAGUUUUGGGACUGACUAUUCCUGGGAAAACAAUUUCCCAAUUUUUUUUUAUUAUUUUCUCUCAUCUUCCUAAUAAUUCAAAAAAAAAAUGUGAAAAAAAACUUGGGAAAAUAUAAAAAAAUUGAGAAAAUUUUGGAAAAUAUGGAAAAUUGUUUUCUUACAAAUAAUCCCUGAGUUUUUGCGACUUAUGUGCAAACUAAAAUUUAACGCGGUCUGUUUGAAUUAUUUUCCAAAUUAAGCUAACUUUGCUAACCGUGCAACAUAAUCUAAUAAUUGACUUACUUCAACCAUAAUUCAACCGAAGUAAUAAGAGUAGAAUAACAGUUGAUAAAAAUGACUCGACUUCCAUUUGAAUUGCAGUUGCAAACUAACAAUUUGGAAAACUGUGAUCAAUACUGAGUUGCACAGAUAAUCUAUGACAAAACCUAAUGAAAUUGUUGGAUGAGUCAUAUGAGUUGUCACUCAAAAAUGUUCAAAAUUUCAAACGAAAAGAGAAGGGUCUACUGUGCCGCGUGCAAUUGAUUGUUCUUCUGAUAAGUUAAUUCAGAGACAGCAAUCAAUUGAAAUCUUUGUAUGAAGAAGAGAACACCAAAAUGGUGUAAAGAUUGAAAAAUAAAAUAUUUUUUUGAAAGACUAAAUUUCGCCUCUUUGUACAAAAAAUGAAAAUGACUUUAAAGUAAAACAAACAAACAAAAAAUGUAAAAAUUAUUGAAAACAAAAAAAAACUGAAAAAUUUUGAAUGUUACAGCAAUUCAACCGUAAAAUUUAAACAUAAAAUGGAUCUCUAUGUAAUUAAAUCAUUGUGUUUGUGUAACUAAAAAAAAAAACUUAAAAUUAAUGAACGACAAAACAAAAAUAAUUAGAAAAAUAUUUUAAUUCAUCCCGAAAUAUCUAAAUGUUUAGCGAAUGUAACACGUUUUCGAAUUAAAACAAAAAAAACCUAUCUACUCGUACAAAACAAAACAAAAAAGGAAUAUAUUUAUGAACAUUAAUCUGAUUCUAAUGCUUUAAGUGUCGUUUUAUCUAGCGUAACAUUAGAUACAAGAAAAAGAAGAAGAAAAAAACAUUCAAACACACGUAACUCGCGUCAAAAUUUACUUUCAUCGUCGUCUAUUUUCUAAUAAAUGACUAAAUUAACAAAAUCGAAAUUAUAUCUUACGAGGAGCGAGCCAUAGUAGGUCUUACUUAAUGCGUUGUUAAAUGGUGGUAACGUCACGUCUUGGACUUCAAUUUUACAUGUCGUUUAGCGAACGUUUAGCGAUUUAUUUCCACCAAAUCCUUAAAUGCUUAAACGAAAAACUGCGCGACGAACAUCUAAUCAAAAAAUUUAACAACAGAGCUUGGGUUUUCCGAGACACAAUCUCGGAGUUGAUUGGUUGUACAUAAAUCUAAAUUGCGAUGAUACAUACUAUACUAUGAUUGGUUGUCUGGCUGUGAACCAUUUAUUGAAUGAAGUCUGAGCUAAA